AUGAAUAAAAGGAGCGCUGCGGGUGAGCAGGAGUCACGUCCUCCGCCACACAUGAAGGCCGCCGCUGUCCUGCUCGUGGCCGCCGCGCUCCUCUGGGCCUGCGCCGAUGCUCAGCAGGCAGAAGGCUCGGAGACGGACUUCUGGCACGUGGCCGAGGAGGCCGCACACGGCUUGGAAGAUGCGGGCCGCGAGGUGGCGCACGAGUUCGGCCUGCUGCGGAUAGGAAAGUCGGCUAUGGGGGCAGGUGUUCGCCACGCUACCGGAGCUAAGGGAGGAGCCCGCACGGCUGCUGCCCACAACAGUUAAGCACAGCAGCUGAGGCAGCUGUAAACCACCAGCACGCUGCCUAGCGCUGCUGACACUGUUACAUUAGAUCUUGAGUACUUUUUGUUGUAACAUAUCCGUUUAGAGGAGAUCCCCCAGGAUGUAGAACAUGUCAGUAAAUAAAGCAACGCAAUAAAUAUUUACAAGGAAAAACAGAUUUGCUUAUAUACCUUGCACAAAUUCGAAGUGAAAUAGUCUUCACGGGUGUGGAAUAAGUCUAAAAAUCUUAAAUAUAAUUUCAGUUGAGGAAGUAACAAACUUGUUCAAAACAUGCUAACAUCCAAUAUGCUGUGGUGGAUAUGAUAAUUAUCAGGGUAUUGUAGCCACGCAUCAUCAAACAGAAAAACCAUUGUACAGCAGUUAUUUACAAUGAUUACAUUACUUCACUGAAUUCGUACAGAAUUGAGAGUGUA